AUGGAGUGGCAUGGGCACGUCCCAUGGCCUGUCAGCCACUGGGCAAGUGACUUCGGAGAGGAAAGAUGGAUGAAUUCCAUCUUCAAUCCUGUGCCCAAGAUCCCACCAGUGGACAAUAUUUGGGACAAAGAAAAAGAAGAGGAAGAGGAAGGGGAGGAGAAAGAGGAGGAGGAGGAGGAGGAGGAGGUAGACCAAGAACAAGAGAAAGAAGAUGAUGCCAGCAUCAAGACCUUUCUUGGAGUACCGAAGCAGGACUCCAUGUGGGGCCUAAGGGAUUGGCCCAGGCCCUCCCUAGAGCAAGCCCGGUGGUGGGAAGACUUCUCCCUGCCCCCACUCCGCGGACCCUGCCUCCUCCGGAGCAGACUGAGCACAAAAAUGAGGCUCCACCCCCUGCCCUCCCUGACCUCCUGCUUGACCCCUAAAGGCCUGCAGUCGUUGUCGGCAUCCAGAGAAGAACCUAGCUGGCUACGAAACCAGCCUCUCAUGGAGCCUCCACCAGCUUUCAGAUCGAAGACCCCCAAGGCAGUGCCUAGGCUUCCUCCCAAGGUCUCCCCUAAGAGAUCCACUGUCCCCAAGGCCUUAGUGUCAAUGUGGCCUCCAAUAACUGUCAACUCCCGCUCAAAGAGUUCUGCUCUUAAGGAACACACCCCCUCUGCCAAGGAGGCCUCCCAUAUCCCAAGCUUCUGGGGCAAUCCCUUGCCUCACCUUCCUUCAAAAUAAAUAUUUUUGUU